GUCCUAGUCCCUGACCUCGGCGGGCUCCCGCAGCUUCUCCUUAGGUGUCCUCCAAACGACGGAUUCCUUAUGGAUCGCAGCUCCAAGAGGAGGCAGGUGAAGCCUCUGGCAGCUUCUCUUCUAGAAGCUCUCGAUUAUGAUAGUUCAGAUGACAGUGAUUUUAAAGUUGGAGAUGCUUCAGAUUCUGAAGGGAGUGGUAAUGGAAGUGAAGAUCCUUCAAAGGACAGUGGAGAAGGUUCCUGUAGUGAUUCUGAAGAAAAUAUAUUAGAGGAAGAACUGAAUGAAGAUAUUAAAGUAAAAGAGGAACCACUUAAAAAUUCUUCAGAAGAGGAAGUACUGUCAUCCGACAAACAGUUAAUCAAAAUGGAAAAGAAGGAGGAAGAAGAAAAUGGAGAGAGACCUAGAAAGAAAAGGGAGAAGGAGAAGGAAAAAGAAAAGGAGAAGGAAAAAGAAAAAGAGAAAGAAAAAGAGAAGGAAAGAGAGAAGGAAAAAGAAAAAGCAACAGUAUCUGAUAAUGUGGCUGCUUCAGCAGCUGCCACUGCACCAGCUGCAAGCCCUCCUGCUGCCAGCACAUCCCCUUCUGCCCCCACUACGACAACCACCAUAGAGGAACAAGUCAGUGAGCCAAAAAAAUGGAAUCUGCGUCGAAACCGACCACUUUUGGAUUUUGUGUCCAUGGAAGAGCUCAAUGACAUGGAUGACUAUGACAGUGAGGAUGACAAUGACUGGCGACCUACUGUAGUGAAGAGAAAAGGGAGAUCAGCAUCCCAGAAAGAGGGAAGUGAUGGGGACAAUGAGGAUGAUGAAGAUGAGGGGAGUGGGAGUGAUGAAGAUGAGAACGAUGAAGGCCAUGAUGAAGACCAUGGCAGUCCUGCUAGCGAAGGGGGUUGCAAGAAGAAGAAGAGUAAAGUUCUUAGCAGAAACAGUGCUGAUGAUGAGGAGCUAACCAAUGAUAGCCUGACACUAUCUCAAAGCAAGAGUAAUGAGGACUCGCUGAUUCUUGAGAAGAGUCAAAACUGGAGUUCUCAAAAAAUGGACCAUAUUCUGAUUUGCUGUGUUUGUCUCGGAGAUAAUAGUGAGGAUGCUGAUGAAAUAAUUCAGUGUGACAAUUGUGGCAUUACAGUCCAUGAAGGUUGUUAUGGAGUUGAUGGAGAGAGUGACUCUAUUAUGAGUUCAGCUUCUGAAAACUCCACUGAACCUUGGUUUUGUGAUGCUUGUAAAUGUGGUGUUUCUCCCAGCUGUGAACUGUGUCCUAACCAGGAUGGAAUUUUCAAGGAGACAGAUGCUGGAAGAUGGGUUCACAUUGUCUGUGCCCUCUAUGUACCUGGAGUAGCCUUUGGAGAUAUUGACAAAUUACGACCAGUUACACUAACAGAAAUGAACUAUUCCAAAUAUGGUGCCAAGGAAUGUAGUUUUUGUGAAGACCCUCGGUUUGCACGAACUGGAGUUUGCAUUAGCUGUGAUGCAGGGAUGUGCAGAGCCUAUUUUCAUGUGACCUGUGCCCAGAAAGAAGGUUUGCUUUCAGAGGCAGCGGCAGAAGAGGAUAUAGCAGAUCCAUUUUUUGCUUAUUGUAAGCAACAUGCAGAUCGUUUGGACAGAAAGUGGAAGAGAAAAAACUACCUGGCUCUGCAGUCCUACUGUAAGAUGUCUUUACAAGAGAGAGAGAAGCAGCUCUCACCAGAAGCACAGGCAAGGAUCAAUGCCCGGCUUCAGCAGUAUCGUGCCAAGGCAGAACUAGCUCGAUCCACCAGACCCCAGGCCUGGGUUCCAAGGGAAAAAUUGCCCAGACCACUCACUAGUAGUGCUUCAGCUAUUCGUAAACUGAUGCGGAAAGCAGAACUAAUGGGGAUCAGUACAGAUAUCUUUCCAGUGGACAAUUCAGAUACUAGCUCUAGUGUGGAUGGAAGGAGAAAACAUAAGCAACCAGCUCUCACUGCUGAUUUUGUGAAUUAUUAUUUUGAGAGAAAUAUGCGCAUGAUUCAGAUUCAGGAAAAUAUGGCUGAACAAAAGAAUAUAAAGGACAAAUUAGAGAAUGAACAAGAAAAGCUUCAUGUGGAAUAUAAUAAGCUGUGUGAAUCUUUAGAAGAACUGCAAAACUUGAAUGGAAAACUUCGAAGUGAAGGGCAAGGAAUAUGGGCCUUACUGGGCAGAAUUACAGGGCAGAAGUUGAACAUACCGGCAAUUUUGCGAGCACCCAAGGAGAGAAAACCAAGUAAAAAAGAAGGAGGCACACAAAAGACAUCUAUUCUCCCUACAGUACUUUAUAGUUGUGGAAUUUGUAAGAAGAACCAUGAUCAACACCUUCUUUUAUUAUGUGAUACCUGUAAACUCCACUAUCAUCUUGGAUGUCUGGAUCCUCCACUUACAAGGAUGCCAAGAAAGACCAAAAACAGUUAUUGGCAGUGCUCAGAAUGUGACCAGGCAGGGAGCAGUGACAUGGAAGCAGACAUGGCCAUGGAAACCUUACCAGAUGGGACUAAACGAUCACGGAGGCAGAUUAAAGAACCAGUGAAAUUUGUUCCACAGGAUGUACCACCAGAACCCAAGAAGAUUCCAAUAAGAAACACGAGAACCAGAGGACGGAAAAGAAGCUUCAUUCCUGAGGAAGAAAAACAUGAGGAAAGAGUUCCUAGAGAAAGAAGACAAAGACAGUCUGUAUUACAAAAGAAGCCCAAGGCUGAAGAUUUAAGAACUGAAUGUGCAACAUGCAAAGGAACUGGAGACAAUGAAAAUCUUGUCAGAUACCCUUCAUGAGACCCAACUCUGCCACUGCUCAUCCUCGGAGGCAAUCCUGGAAACCUCUUUUAUAAGUGUGAUUUUAAAAAUGUGGAUAAAACUCUCAAUAGAGUACAUAAAGUAAAGGAGAACAGCUAUCUUGUCCUUUCUAUAAGCUUAUCACUGCAAAAAGUUGCCUUUGCUUGUCAGGUUUGGAUAGAAUGUAAUUGAUUGGAUUGUUACUUAGUCUGACAGGGCAAUUAAUUUGCCUGUGUCGAUUUUUUUUUUUCCUUUUUCUCUUUUGCACUAAUCAGAAACUAGAUAUGUGCGUUGUUGCAAAAUAUUGGAUGAAUGUCUUGUGAGAAUUGUCCUAUUAAGCAAAUGUUUUUCCUUCUUGCUUGUUUGGCAAAUGAUGAUACACAGUGUUUGGACUCUGAAGAGUUAUGGAAGCCUCUGGGACUUAAGUGCAAUAUUACAUACUGUCCCUAUUGUUGAACAGUCCAGUAACUAACAAGAAAGACGAUGCUUUCCAUUAGUCUGCUACUCUGUUUCAUCCAACUUACUGCAUUUAUUCAUAUAUGAAAUCCUGCCACAUUGGAAAACAACUAUAGACUCAUACUAAAUGUUAUUUCCAUUGAAAGACUUGUGAACCAUAUGACAUUCUCUUCUUUAACUUAUUAUUCCUAGUAUGAAAUCACUAAUAUUAGCAUGAAAUUUUCAGUUUUAAGCUUAUAAAUACGAAUAUAUCUGUGUUGAUCUCUGGGUAUUUUUUAGAAAUACCCAAAUUUUAGUCAUUGUUUUAUUUAAUAUGAACUUUUUGUGCUCAGGAUAAUUUUAUUUUUUCAACCUUAAAUAAAUAUGAAGCUAUGAAAUGAGGGAGAUACAAAGCUUGUUGAUUAUACAACCUGCCAACUGAAAGAUCAUCAGCAUCUGUAUCUUUCCAGAGGUUUGCAGAAUUAAAACUUGUUCUUCAAGCUUUAAUGAUCCAGUUUUAAGUCAACAACAGAAACAUUGAAUAUUCCAUCACUCAGUCUUGAACUGACAUAGAAGAGACUAUUUGCCUCAUUGAAAUGCACAUAUACAAGUAAAUUGUCAACAUAUCUUCCAAUUUAUUAAUGUGAUUUUGGACUUUUUUUCAGGUAUAGUGGCAAUUGAAAGUUGUUGAAACUUUAGGAAUAGAGUAGGCAGUGUAUAGAUAAUCAAAUACAAGUAUGAUUAUAAAGUUGCUGUAUGCUAAGAAUCUAUAGUUAUGAUUGAAUAUUUAAUAAAAGUAAAAUGUGUAUAAUUACAUAUGAACAGAUUAACUUACUGAAGCUCUCAUAACAUUGGAUGAAAGAUGUCAGUAUCCUUUAGCAAAAUCAAUGUUUUUUAAGAACAAAAAAAGUGGGCCGGGGAUUUGGCUCAGUGGUUCCGCCGCGUGCCUUGCAAGCA